AUCCUCCAGCCGGUGAUGCACUCAGACGGUACCGGUGACGUGCCGAUGUUGUGUACCGGCAGGCUCGAGCCAGUGGUGCAUCGACUGUGGAACCGGUCAGUCUGGCUUCACCUGGCCCGUACAAGGAUGGCUGCGGUAAAGUUUGGCACAGUGAUCUACGUUGCGACUUCUGUGCUGGGAUUAGCAUCAGGCGAAGUAUCAUCCUCAACUCUCUAUCACAUGGAACCAUACACUAAACUGCACCCGGGGAGACACGUCUGCACCAUGGACAAACAGGUGAGCCAGCCAUCAGUCAAGAGAUUUGAGGCUUACCGCAAGCCCACAUACCAGAGCUAUGCCCACAGGUGCCAUAACAAAAUCUGCCGUGGAGUCAGGGUAGUCUAUGAAACAGCUUAUCGAGAUGUCUCGGAGAGUAGAAUUCGGAGGGAGCCGUCAUACCAUUGCUGUCCUGGCUGGUCCCAACAGCCAAAGUCUAGCCUGGGCUGCAACACUCCGGUUUGCAGCAAGCCUUGUCUCAACUCUGGAACUUGCUCCCAUCCUGAUCUGUGCACCUGUCUACCUGGCUUCACUGGCCAGUGGUGUGAGAAUGACAUAGAUGAAUGCUUACAUAAGAGCCCAUGCCCCCAUAUUUGCAGCAACACUGCAGGUAGCUACAAGUGUAGCUGUAGAACAGGCUACAGGUUGGCCCCAGACCUGCACUCCUGCUACAGGAAAGGAAGAAAUAAAACACUGGAUGGAAAGUUUGAUGUGGAAAUUCUUGCAAGAAAACUCUCAAGGUUAGAAAAGAGAUUUAAAAAAUCAUCCAAGUACGAGCUUCAAACAGAACUGUCAGAAAACCCAUCCAAUGAUGAGUUGCAGGCUUCACUCGAUACACUCCACAAAAGAUUUGAGACUAUGAACCGGUACCAACAAGAGAAAUGGACCAGACUGGAGCUGGAACUGGAGAAGCUGCAACCGUUGUGUGGUAGACUGGACAACCUGGAGAGGCGGAUGGACCAGUGUCUCUGUAGAUGUAAGGAUCACACAAUCUCAAGAAUCUUCCCUUAGGUCUGCCACUGCCUCCUACGUGAUCUCCUGGUGCCAUACACUGCCAUCUUGUCUUGUGCAUUUGACAUGUUUACCAAGAAGAAUAGAAAAACAUGUUUGUGUUGACUAGAGUAGGAAUAGUUGAGAAAAAAUAAUUGUGAUGUAAUUUAUUUUAAAUAAAAUUUUUGUACUAGUUA